GCUACAGCUAGUAGCUGCAUUGUUAUUGCUAUCGACAGUCAGACGCACAAUAAUCGGGGUCUAAAAGGGAAUAAAGGUAUUUACAAUUAGGGAUAUUCACUGAAGAGCACAUUGUUACGUUCCCUCAUUCUGUUCAUGAUUUGGAGCUAGGAGCUACCGCCGCCGGACAAUGGUCUCUCUCCUGAUUACUACUUGAAAGGGUCUUUGCGGUUGUCAGGCACUCUGAGUAGAGGGCCCAGCCCUUGUGCCUGUAUCGGCUUGUCGUGUCUGUCCGCUAUACUCUAUGGAUGAGUAGCUCUUCCCCGCUUCACUGAAAAGGACGAAAAAACGCCGAAAGCCAGGAGGAGCCGUUCACCAGACCCAGCAGGAAGAGAGAUCAUGUCGUCCAACCGGAGUCAGAACCCUCACGGGCUCAAACAGAUUGGGCUGGACCAGAUCUGGGAUGACCUGCGAGCAGGCAUACAGCAGGUCUACACCAGACAGAGCAUGGCCAAGUCUCGAUACAUGGAGCUCUACACUCAUGUGUAUAAUUACUGCACCAGCGUGCAUCAGUCCAACCAAGCCCGCGGGGCGGGCGUACCCCCGUCCAAGCCUUCCAAGAAGGCCCCUACUCCUGGAGGAGCUCAGUUUGUGGGUUUGGAGCUCUAUAAAAGACUGAAAGAGUUCUUGAAGAAUUACUUGACAAACCUACUAAAGGAUGGUGAGGAUUUGAUGGACGAAAGUGUUCUGAAGUUCUACACGCAGCAAUGGGAAGAUUACAGGUUCUCCAGUAAAGUGCUCAAUGGUAUCUGUGCCUACCUCAACCGUCACUGGGUGCGCCGUGAGUGUGACGAAGGCCGAAAAGGCAUCUAUGAAAUCUAUUCUCUUGCCCUGGUAACAUGGAGAGAAUGUCUGUUCAGGCCUCUCAACAAGCAGGUGACAAAUGCGGUAUUGAAACUGAUUGAGAAAGAGAGGAAUGGGGAGACCAUCAAUACCAGACUCAUCAGUGGAGUCGUCCAGUCUUAUGUUGAACUUGGACUGAAUGAGGAUGAUGCCUUUGCUAAAGGACCUACUCUGUCUGUCUAUAAGGAGUAUUUUGAGACCCAGUUCUUAGCGGACACUGAACGGUUUUACACUCGGGAAAGUACAGAAUUCUUACAGCAGAAUCCUGUCACUGAAUAUAUGAAAAAGGCUGAGGCCCGUCUGUUGGAGGAGCAGAGGAGGGUACAGGUUUACCUCCAUGAGAGCACACAGGAUGAACUGGCCAGGAAGUGUGAGCAGGUCCUCAUAGAGAAACACCUGGAGAUCUUCCAUACAGAGUUCCAGAACCUUCUAGAUGCAGACAAGAAUGAAGACUUGGGCCGGAUGUACAACCUCGUGUCACGGAUCACAGACGGUUUGGGAGAGCUGAAGAAACUUCUGGAAGCGCACAUUUACAUCCAGGGCCUGGCUGCCAUAGAAAAGUGUGGGGAAACUGCUCUCAAUGAUCCCAAAAUGUAUGUCCAAACCAUCUUGGACGUUCACAAGAAGUAUAAUGCUUUGGUGAUGUCAGCCUUCAACAAUGAUGCUGGUUUUGUAGCUGCUUUAGAUAAGGCCUGCGGCAGAUUCAUCAAUAACAAUGCAGUCACCAAGAUGGUCCAGUCCUCUAGCAAAUCCCCAGAGCUACUGGCCAGAUACUGUGACUCUUUACUUAAGAAGAGUUCAAAGAACCCAGAGGAAGCAGAACUUGAGGACACUCUAAAUCAAGUUAUGGUGGUCUUUAAAUACAUUGAGGACAAAGAUGUAUUCCAGAAGUUCUAUGCCAAAAUGUUGGCUAAGCGGCUAGUUCAUCAGAACAGUGCUAGUGACGAUGCUGAGGCCAGCAUGAUCUCCAAACUAAAGCAAGCAUGUGGCUUUGAAUACACCUCCAAACUGCAGCGUAUGUUCCAGGACAUCGGGGUCAGUAAAGACUUGAACGAACAAUUCAAAAAGCACCUCACCAACUCUGAGCCCCUAGACUUGGACUUCAGUAUCCAGGUGCUGAGUUCUGGCUCGUGGCCCUUCCAACAGUCCUGCACUUUUGCUCUGCCUUCAGAGUUGGAAAGGAGCUACCAAAGGUUUACAGCCUUCUAUGCCAGCAGACACAGCGGCCGUAAGCUCACCUGGCUUUACCACCUGUCCAAAGGAGAACUGGUCACCAACUGCUUCAAGAACAGAUACACCCUGCAGGCAUCGACUUUCCAGAUGGCUAUCUUACUGCAGUACAACACAGAGGACGUCUACACAGUCCAACAACUGACAGACAGCACGCAGAUCAAAAUAGACAUAUUAGUGCAGGUUUUGCAAAUCUUAUUAAAGUCCAAGUUGCUGGUCCUUGAGGAUGAGAACGCCAAUGUGGAUGAGGUGGAGUUCAAGCCAGACACACUGAUUAAGCUCUUCUUGGGUUAUAAGAAUAAGAAACUCAGAGUGAACAUUAAUGUGCCAAUGAAGACAGAGCAAAAACAGGAACAGGAAACCACCCACAAAAACAUUGAGGAGGACAGGAAACUACUGAUACAGGCGGCCAUAGUCAGGAUCAUGAAGAUGAGGAAAAUGCUGAAGCACCAGCAGCUCUUGGCUGAGGUCCUCAACCAGCUCUCCUCCAGGUUUAAACCCAGAGUCCCCGUCAUCAAGAAAUGCAUUGACAUUCUCAUAGAGAAAGAAUAUUUGGAGAGAGUGGACGGAGAGAAGGAUACCUACAGCUACUUGGCUUAAACAUUUUCCUCCCCC